AUGAGAAGCCAAAAGCCUACUUAGAAAUAAAAUUAGCUAUAAAAUAUUGCAAGGAAUGCUGGUAUCAUUAUGUUUGAUAAUAUGAGAGUUAUGAAUUUGAAAUUUCUUCUAAAAUAUGUAGAUUUGAUAGGACUAGUUCCACUAAGAGUCUUGAAUAAGGUAUAAAUUAGUUGUGGAUACACUAUGUCUAAAAACAAUAAAAAAUAAAGCUUUUGCACUGAGAUAAACUACUAAACUGCUAUACCAUUAGGAGAAGUUAUGGAAAAAAUUACUGAGCUUGCUGUUGUGGAACCUAUUGCAAUAUAUGCAGCAGAUUAAGUAGUUUAUGUUAAAGUUUCUAUUGUUUUUUAAGAUACAUUUGUAGGAAGGGUUUCUUUGGAGCAUUAAUUAUUAGUUAAGUAAUGA